CAGUAUAUAAUGGACCUCGCUUCUGGACGGUAGAAGCAGAAGAACCAACCAGCUCGGCCAAAGCACCAAGAGAAGACAUCUAAGGAAGACACCAUGAAGACUCUCACCAUCCUCGCCCUCUGCGCUCUCCUCUCAGUGUGCUGGUCCACAGGAGUUGUUGAAUAUGAGGUUUACGUGGAUCACGACGGUGACCACACCGACCACGGGGUCGCUGACACCGGUGACAACGGUGUGAAUGGGGACAACGGUGACAACGGUGACAACGGUGACAACGGAGCCAACGGUGACAACGGUGACAACGGUGACAACGGAGACUCUGCAAGCAACUCGGACUCAUCCUCAGACUCAUCUGACUCGAACUCAUCCUCAGACUCAUCUGAUUCAGACUCAGAUUCCGAUUCUGAUUCUGAUUCUGAUUCUAACUCCGACUCUUCAUCUGAUUCUUCCUCCUCUUCAUCCGAAUCAGCCAGUACUGAAGACUCUCACGUGGUCAUGAAGCGAGACCUGGCUGCUGUUAUGUUGAGGAGAAGACGCCAGGCCUCAGGAGUCCUCUCCCCUUUCCAGGUUGAGAGCCUGAGAGAGGUGUGCGAGCAGAACAUGGCCUGCGACGAGAUGGCCGAAACACAGGGCAUCGUGGCGGCCUACACCGCCUACUACGGACCCCCUCCCUUCUAAGCAGGACGCUCACACACGAACAGUGUUGUUUUUCUCUCUUUUAUUCACAGUCAGUCCCAAAACGGAGGUCACAAAUUUUUUGCACAAGUGUGCGGUUUUAGGCCUCUCCAAGGACCUCCAGAGAGGUGCACAAGGAGUACACAGUAGCCCUCACAUGUUGAAAUUAAUCGUCACGCCCCUUACUAUAGCACGAUGAAUGGUGGUACCGAUGUAUUUAUUUAUACCAAACUUCUUCUUACUCUAGCCAUGAGCUCGUAGGUGUACUGUAGUGGCUUUGUACAGCGUGUGUGACAUAUGUGUGUGCAUGAAUAAUCUGCAGUGGACGUAACCACACAUUGCCUCUGGA